AGCAAUCCAGAAAACCAGUAGCAAGAUUUUUAUUCAUACACGUUCUGUGCUUUUUGAUGUAAGUUAUUUCAGACAAGAGCACGCUGACACACCAAGUGGCUUCCAUUUAGCAUUUAAUUUUCUUAAUGGAAGAAUCAAUCAGCAUUUGGUGUGGCUAGGCAACGAUACAUUUCGACAUUUCUGUUAGUUCAGUUGUUCGCAUAAACGUGUGGCAACGACAGGUUGAUUUUGAAUAAAAAUAUUGAACUGAGGGCAAGUAUUGUACUCGAAAAAGAAGAAAUAACCUUCAACAUUCAGGAAUAAAUUGUGUAAAAGUCUUUUUUUUCGUUGUGAGUUAUUAUGUGACAGUUGAGAAAAGUUUAAGAGGUUUGCAAUUAAAUUAAGAAGCCGAGUGGAUCCGAGUGGAAAUUGAAAAGCAGAGUGCAUCCAAACUUGAGUAAGUUGAGUAGUUAGUCUGACAAGGAAAGCUGAACAGAAGACGCAUUUUUACACACACUUCAAUUAAUCUAAUCCAAUCGUGACGAACAGUGCCCGUAUACAAGAACUAUCUUUGCAGGCGUGGUAAUUAUAAUCUAACGUGGGCUAUAUCCUUGAUAUCGUUUGUUUUCUUUGGUUAUUGGUUCGAAGAAGAAACUAUAAUUCAACGAAGCCAUGGAUAACACGCCUGCCAACAAAUCAGAACCUCCUUUGGAUCAAACUGCAGCAGACACUGUAGUCCAAGUGUUCACUAUGUCAGUGAUUAUAAUUCUGUCGGUGUUCUUCAACGCCGUUGUUCUUAUUUGUUUCUACCGACAUCAUGCUUUACAAACCUUCACGAACGCGUUUGUUGUAAACUUGGCCUGCGCUGAUUUCCUUUUUGGCCUACUAGGAAUGCCUCUGUCUCUGGUAACUUCAAUCACCAUUGAUUACGCAUUUCCCGUGUCAGUAUGUAAGUUUCAUGGAUUUGUACUCGUGUUAUUCAGCGAGGCUUCAAUAUGGACUUUGACAUUUGUUAGUUUUGAACGUUACCUAUCAAUAAGGCAUCCAUUUCACCAUCAAAGAUGGAUAACUCCUUCUGUAGUUACAACAACAAUCGGAGCUGUAUGGGCAAUAUCUAUUCUUUUUGCUUUACUGCCAUUUGGAAUCUCCAAGUACUCCUUUUAUCGUUUUAAUCAUAUCUGUGUGGCUGAUUGGAGGAUUAGUUUUCAAACAACUCUGAUCUAUUGUAUUUGCAGCAUUUUUAUUCCAUUUACGUUUAUGGUAAUUUCGAACAUUGGUAUCUUGAAAACAGCUUUGGAACAGAAUCGCAAAGUGGAUGUUAAAGUUGGAAACAUACGAAAGAUGACAAUCAGACCGAGCGAAGCACCAGUGAUUGAUGUAGUGCACCUAGAAGCUGAAAGAAAAGCUGCCGAGAAAGCGAAAGCUCGUAAAAAGAAAGAGAAAAGAGCAACUCUUCUUGUUCUUGCCAUCGUCGGGACUUUUGCCCUAUGCUGGAUACCCUAUGCUAUCACCUCAAUGUGUUUGAUGAUACGAAGUUAUGAAUGUUUAUGGUCUUCCAGAGUGUUUGUUGCUAGUGCCUGGCUCACGAAUCUUAGCAGUGCUCUUAAUCCUAUCUUGUAUAUCGUGUUUAACGUCACUAUACGACGAGCAGUCAAGCAAUUACUCGGAAUAAGUCCAAAGAAUGGAGUCGACGGUAGCGAUGGAGGAACUCUCGUUACUAAUGUGACGAGGUUCAAUAGACGCGCAGAAAGAUCGCAAUAAAAUAUUGUCUGAGUGGCCAAAGCUAAGCCUAUAAAUUGGUGUAAUUUUCUUUUUAUGCACUCAUUUGAAUAGCGCACUAUAGUUGCAUUUAAAUACAUUUUUUAGAUUGUAUACUUAAACUGAUCGACUACAAAUGCCUUUCCCUACGGAAUUAUUAAUAGAUAGAAAAAAUUCUGAAUCAAUUUUGCAACCUUGUGCUAUUGAUUAAAACUUGCUGUGAGAAACGCUGUAAGAGAAUACUCCGCAAGCAGCACAAGGAUUCCGCCAUGCAAAAGAUAAAUUAAAUUUACGAUGCAUGUAGCCGAUAUAAACCUUUCGACAGCUGGCUUUUUGAGUACUUUUAUAUAUGUAAUUGUAGACACAACAUAUCCGUUUUAGUUAAAGAUAGUGAAUUGCAUUUGCACUACAGGUUUUUGUAAGCUAGAAAAAUAAGUGACCGUCACGUAGAGCUAAAUAUUCUGUCACAUUUUAACAGAAAUUGAUUGUAUAUUUAACUUAAAUUCAUUGCUCAUGUAAUUAUCAGUUU